CGCGAGGACACGUGUAAAACGCGAGCUGAGUUGCGCACUUACACGGACCCCCGGGCGUCAACUCGUCAGGACCAUCGAUCACAGAUGCCCUAUCCGAGUGGGAACGGCCGUCCCGGAAUCCGCAACGGCGCAGUCGUCCCGCAUGCGGCGACCACGAUCGCCACGGACCCGCCCUUAGGCACGAGCACACAGCAAGCACUCUACAUGAUCAAAGACCGAGUACAAAAACCUCUCGAGUCUGUAGCAGAAUAUCGAAACCGGUUCUACCGAAUGUUUGUGAAAAUUGAGCGAGGCGAACAAGUCGGGAGGGAUUUGUUCAUUGAUGGGUUUCGCACUCGAACGAUAAGGGCUAACUUGCAAAAGCAAUUUUCCCCCAUCACUCACACUCUGCAACACAUCAUGGCUGCUGCGGAAGAAAUGGAACGGAAGUUCGCGGCGAACUUCCUGGAAGGAGAAGAUUAUUCUAGAGAAGGAAAUUCAUCCGAACUCUUACGAGCGAGAGCCGAGCUGGUUGCGUUACAGAACAAGUUUGAAAAUAUGGGAUUUGUGUCUGGGCCCGUCACCUAUCUGGAGCAGAUAGGUCCAAAACGACCAAACCCAAGUGAGAUCCCGAGUAUUCCUGUUCCUGUGAUACCAACACCCGUAAGGACGUUACCCCCGCCACCCGUUGAAAACCCGACAAGAACCAACGAGUCCACUGCUAUCUUUGAGCUGACCAAAACAUUAAUUAACCUAAUUCAGGAAAGCAAAAAGGAGCAGCGAGAGCACAAUGCUCGGUUGGAAGCCAUGAUGAGGAACAUGCGGCCCAUUGCGGUGCGUGCCCCUCCGAUUCAGCAAGGGUUAGCCCCGGCACCCGCUCUUGGAGGGGUCGCAAGCAAUCUGAACGUCUGUUAUGCAUGUCAUCAACCAGGGCAUCGAGUCCGUGAUUGCCCUCACAGGCCUCCGCAACAACGUGUCGGGGUCGCGCCGAUGGCCGCGGCCCCCAUCACUAACGGACCAGGACGAGUCGGAGCUUUAAUGGAAGAAGUAGAGGGUGGGGGAAGUGCCCUAGCCACCACGGAAGAUGCCGUUGAGCUCAUCCCGUUAGAUCAGUACGUAUCACUUGGUUAUCCCGGGCUUGGAAUGAUCGGAACGAUCAGACCAGCACCAGAACAAAAGGAAGUGGCGGAGUGGCGAAGUGGCGACCCUCUCCAGGAGAAAUGGAGUCGGGAGGACCUACCUUCGUCACAAGGGAAAUCGACCAAGUUCAAUAUUCGGCAUGGGUUCCAUCACAUUUUGGUGAAGGAGGAAGAUCGGCCAAAGACGGUCUUUGUGUUGUUUGAAGGCACGUGGCAGUGGGUUCGGUGUCCGAUGGGGAUUUGCAAUGCGCCUGCCACGUUUCAGCGAGCGAUGAACAUGACAUUCCAGAACUUCGUCAACAAGACGCGACUAACACAUGGGAUGAUCAACUUCUGCGUGAUCGUGUACAUGAACGAUAUCCUUGUCUACUCGGAGACCUAUCACGGGCACGCGCAACAUAUCGAGUGGACAUUGGGAGCGCUUAGAGAUGCUGGGUUCAAAAUCGCGCUCGAAAAGAGCGAAUUUUUCCUUUCGGAAAUUCCGUUCUUAGGCUACGUCGUGACACGUGGAGGACUGCGGCCGGACUCAAGAAACAUUGCGGCGGUAAGAGAAGCCCCAGUUCCCACGUCGCUGAUGCAGGUUCGAGCCUUCUUGGGGUUGGCAUCGUACUAUCGCCGCUUCAUCAAGGGUUUCGCCGCGAUUGCACGACCACUAACGAACCUGUUACGGAAGGACCAGCCUCUCAGCUGGGACCCGGAGUGCCAACAGGCCUUCGCGACCCUCAAGGACGCUCUAGCGACGGCUCCUAUUUUGAUCCGACCGGACCCCUCUAAGCAUUUCAUUCUCAUCACGGACUGGCAACCGGAAGCUAUCUCCGCUAUUGUUGCGCAGAAGGGGAGCGAUGGUCGUGAACACGUCAUCGAGUACGCAUCGCACACGGUACCGAACGAGCAGAGAAAUGACUCUGCACCUCAAGGCGAAUGCUAUGCAGUAGUCUGGGGAAUCCAACACUUUCAUCCGUAUUUCUACGGACAGAAGUUUCGCCUCGUAACAGAUCACGAACCUUUGUUGGCGUUGAAGAAGCUCACUAAUUACACAGGCAUGAUUGGUCGUUGCGCGGUGCGACUACAAGAGUACGACUUCGAUAUCGUUCAUCGGAAGACAGAGCAACACGGCAACGAGGACGGAUUGACACGUCUGCAUCGACCUGCUAAAGUAGCAAAGGGCGAGGAAAUUACACCGUGGAAGGAGCCGGACUUGACAAACGAGCCUAAGUACGGACAAGUGGUAGUUCUCCCACGUGGCAAAAAGCAGAACGGUGACAAUGGGUGAUGGAGGUAACCCCAUUACCCCUCUUUCUACCCUCUCCUCUUCGUCUCUCCUCUCCCUGCCUGACAAAUUUUGCUAU